GCUGCCAGAGCCAACUCGCUCGGGCUGUUUAUGCUCUCGUACGCACGCACCAAAGCAAGCACACGCGUGUGACAGCCGCAAAAGACACACCGACCGACCGACCAACCGACACACACAGUCGCGAAACAAUAGUUGCUGCACGGUGAGCGAGAGCGCCCAGUCGACGUUCGGCACGGGAACGGUGAAAGUGACCGCGAAGAAGAAUUGUUGCAUUUACCCUCUGCCCUACGCUAGUGCACUAAGGGCCGGAAAAGGUAACAAAAAACCAGUGUGUGCGUGUGUGUGUGUACCUAUACCACACGGUGUGAUUGUUGUGUGAUAAGUGUUUUUUAGUAAAUCGGUGUGCUUUCUGUGCGUUUUGCUGUGAUAGUGUGCAGGUGUCACGGUGUUAGAAGAGUGAAGAAAGGCCGUAGUGUGUGGGGGAAUCGAGAUUGUGCUCAAUUAUACAUCACCACUAGGGAGGGUUUUGCGGGAGCUUUCUGUGCAGCCUACGUGGUUUUCGGUCGCCCUGUGAGCCGUGUGUGUAGCAACAAAGAAAGUGCAUUAGAAGCGAGUUUCCCGUACAGAUAGUGAAAAUACAGUGCUUUUAAGUGGUGUUUGUCACAGGUGUGCCUGUGUGUAUUUGUGUGCAAUUUUCUGAUAACAUCUGAUACUACCCGACCCUUCGCCCCCCCACCGGUGCAACGAUGGACGGUGACAGUGUGCAAUCGAUGAGCGACUUUAAACAACAAGUGGCCGCCGUGCCGCAGUACGGCUUAAAGCUCAAGUUCAACCAUGUCUUUAGCGACACCCGCAACCAAAACUUGCGCCCCUCGUUCCGGCAGAUCCUGUCCAUGGUACCGCUGGCGUUGAGAUACAUUCCCUACUACUGGAAGGUGGCGCGCGAGGGCCGCCAGGUGCUGAUGGACUACUGGUACACGGAGAACGGGAAGCAGAUCUACGGCGCACCGCUCGGCGGCAUUGGCGCCGGCACGAUCGGGCGCGGAUUCGCCGGCGAGUUCUGCCGCUACCAGCUGAAGCCGGGCCUGUACGAGUACAACACCGUGCACGCCAAUCAGUUCAUCGUAACGAUUAAGGACGAAACUGGCGCCACCAUAUUCCACAGUCUGCUGUCGACCUACAGUAACGAGCAAACUACAGCUGCGAACCGUGGUGGUUCUUCCUCCAAAUCGCGUCGUUACAGCCGGCCCAAGACUCCGCUCGCCAGCUGGGAAAGUGGGCUGGAUGCGUCCCGGUGCAGCUACACCGCACUGUACCCCCGUGCCUGGUCCGAGUACGAUCUGAGCGAGCACGGCGUGAAGCUGGUGCAGCGCCAGAUCUCGCCGAUCAUCCCGCACGACUACAAGGAAAGCUCGCUACCGUGCGCCGUGUUCGUCUGGACGGUCGAGAACGUGUGCGACAAGGACCGGCAGGUGACGCUCACGUUCACGUUCAAGAACGGAACCGGCACGAAGAAGCAGGAUGCAGAGGGUGGCAGUGAGACGAGUGCGUUCACGCAGGGGAAUGCACGGGGCGUCUCGAUACGGCAGACGAUCGCCGAGAUGCCGUGCACGUACUGUGUGAGCUGCCGCAGCUCGUCCGAGAUCAAUCUGACCCGGUGCGAGCGGUUCGACCCGUCCGGCAAUGGGGAGAAGCUGUGGAACGAUCUGAAGGAGAACGGCCAUCUGACGGAGAAGUCCAACGAUGAGACGCUCAAGUCCAAGGACGUCGCUGUUGCCGUUAGUGGGCAGAUAUUAGUGCAACCCGGCACCACAUCGCAGCUAGAGUUUGCACUCGUGUGGGACAUGCCGAAGGUACAUUUCCAGAAGCGCGGCAAGGAAUACCAUCGCUACUAUACGAAGUACUUCGGCAAGAGCGGUGACGCAGGGCCGCAAAUCUCGGACUACGCGCUCAACAAUUACGGCAAGUGGGAGCGAUUGAUCGACGAGUGGCAGCGACCAAUACUGGAAGAUGCAGAUCUCCCGGAUUGGUACAAGAGUGCAAUCUUUAACGAGCUGUACUUCAUUGCGGACGGUGGCAGCGUGUGGUUCACGAUGGACGAUCAGACCGAUCUGCCGUUUGACGAUCCUCGGCUGGCGUAUGGACGCUACUCGUACCUGGAGGGUCACGAGUAUCGCAUGUACACGACGUACGAUGUGCACUUCUACGCGUCGCACGCACUAGCCAGUCUGUGGCCAAAUCUGCAGGUUAGCAUCCAAUACGACUACAAGGACAGUAUAGAGCGCGAAAUUACCGAAGGACGGAAGCAUCUGUACGAUGGCAAGGUGAUUCCGAGAAAGAUUAAAAACUCCGUACCGCACGAUCUUGGUGAUCCUGCGGAAGAACCGUUCGAUUUGAUCAACGCGUACCCCAUCCACGACGUGUCGGAGUGGCGCGACCUGAACCUAAAGUUCAUCCUGCAGGUGUACCGCGACUACUACACGCUCAACCACUACGCCCAGCUGAAUGCGGAAAACGCGAGCAAGUUCAGCUCGAUCGAGUUCAUCGACAAGGAAAGCAUGUACGACACGUACAUACAGGACAAUCGCAACCGGCCGAACGGGGCCGGCUCACCGAUCGACAGCAACCAGAAGGCCGCCAACCGCAAAUCGGCCUCGAUGUACAUCAAUGAAACGAACGGCAAGGUGUAUCUGAUGGAUGCGGUCACCUACCUGAAGGCGAUGUAUCCCGCCUGCCGCGUGGUGCUGGAACAUUCGCUCGAGUGGGACAAGGACGGGGACGGGCUGAUCGAGAACAGCAAAGCGCCCGACCAAACGUACGACACGUGGGUGAUGGAUGGGCCGAGCGCGUACUGCGGUGGGCUGUGGCUGGCCAGUCUGCACUGCAUGUCGGCGAUGGCCAGCCUGCUGGAUCAGAACGAGGAUAGCGACCGGUACAAGGCGGUCCUGGACAAGGGACGUGCUUCGUUCGAAGAAAAGCUGUGGAACGGCACGUACUAUCGGUUCGAUGCGCAGAGUGCGUCGAAAAAUAGCAUCAUGUCGGAUCAGCUGUGCGGCCACUGGUAUCUGCGCUCGUGCGGGUUCGAUUACGACGUUUUCCCGAAGGAAAACGUACGGUUAGCGAUGCGCACGAUCUACGAGAACAACGUGAUGCGGUUCUGUGGCGGACAGCUCGGUGCGGUCAAUGGGUACGUGCCGAGCGGGCAGCCGAACAAGGAUGGUCGCCCGGACACUGUGUCCAUACAGGGGGAGGAGGUGUGGACGGGCGUGACGUACGCGCUCGCAUCGACCAUGGUUCACGAGGGCAUGUUUGAGGAAGCGUUCAAGACGGCGGGCGGACUGUACCAGGCGCUGUCGGAGCGCAUCGGUAUGAACUUUGAGACACCGGAGGCGGUGUACGCGGAACGGCACUAUCGGGCGAUCGGUUACAUGCGCCCGCUUAGCAUAUGGUCCAUGCAGACGGCUUGGGAGAUGAAGAAGCUGCGCCGCGAUUAAAAUGGCGUUUAGCAUGGGUUGAAUCGUGUUUUUGUGCGUGCUUGAAGAGGAGCAAUGCUGAGCGCGGCGGUCAGUGGAUAGGUAUUGUGAGCUGACAUCCUUCAUGCCUGUAGGCGAUUUUAUGCGUAAUUUAUCCCGAACAGCCAUUGAUUUUAGUUGUAAGGUGUAGUCGGAAGCGGAAGAUUGUUUCUUUUAUGUAUCUAGUCACUAAGGUUUCACGUGUUAUUUAAAUGUUUUAUUUAGUUCAUUUAUAUUGUCCUUUGACACUAAUUCAGUCGUACCCAAUAGAAUGUGCAAUCACGGAUUCGCCAAAACUAAAAGCUUAUGCGCUUGCGCAGCUAGCUUUUAUGUGUUACAAUCCCUCAUUGAACAGGACCCCAUGAAACAUGAAAAUAGUCUAGAUUUUUCCCCUAAUUUUUAAAUUGCAAUCAAUUGAAUCGAGGUCAGCAGCCAGUCUGUACGUGUCUGUAUGUCUCUUUGUGUAUUAAUGUUAGUUGUGUGAUGUAAAGCAGAUCCCCCAUCGUACAAUACAAAGUGUAAUACGUGGUUUCUAAUGUGUGACUAAUAGGUGACCUUUCCCCUAAACCUCCCUCUCUCGAUAGCCAUGACCUGAGCAACAAAAAAAACAAACCGGUGAUUAACAGGUACACUAGCGGAUAUGAUCCGCGUGUACGCAAUGCUACUGCUACGCAAGAUACAUACCGCAAGCACAAAAUAUUAAGCCUCCUUCACCAGGUGUAAAAUCCCUCACCAGCUGCGAGAUGCUAUUUGCUACUAUAAAAUAUAUAUAUUUAUGAAAGAUAAUGAAAAUAACACACAAAAAGCUAUAUUUUUGGUCUUGCGCGCAAAAUUGUAAUCGAAAUUUCGUAUAACACACGUGUUAGCAAAGCUACCCUAGGUCGUUACUUAUUGCCGCAAGUAAAACAGAAAGCGUAUAUAUAUAUAUACACACACACACACACACACAUAUUUAACGCAGAGCAGUAAAAUUAACUACACUAUAUGCGCUGGCCACUUAAUUGUAGCGUGCACCACCGUUUUGUGAAUGUGAAUAUACAAAUCGAUGACGAUUAAUGAAUGAUGCCGUUUGCCGGAAAGCGAACAAUUAUAAACACGCCUAAAUAAAUACGAGAUGUAACAUCACACAA